AUGGACAACUUCGCCACAAGCCUGGCUUCAGCACAAGCGUCGGCACCCAAAGCUUCGGCUGCCAUGCUUACAGGAACGUGGAACCUUGUCUACACUACAGAGAAGGAGGUGCUCUCCUUGAUAGGUGAUCCAGGUGUUUCUGUUUACCAGAAGCUGGACUCUGGUGCUGGGACAUUGGGGAACAGCAUCGUGUUUACGGAUGGCAAGCGCUUCGACGUCAAGGGCACUGUGUCUAGCGGCGCACCACCAGAAGAUGCGACAGCUACCUACCCUCCUGGGCUCCGAAGUGACUUUCGCUUUGUGGGAGCGUCGCUGACUGUCUCACCAGGUCUGAUAUUGCCGCUGCCGCCCUUUGGUGCUGGCUGGUUUGUGUCCGUCUACUUGGAUGACAACUUGCGAGUGAAUCGCGACUCACGCGGUGAUCUUGCCAUAUAUUUACGUGCUUAG